AUGCGUGAUUUCUUGUUGCCCGAUGCCAUGGAUCUUAGCUCGUCAUCAGAUGACACAACAAACACAAACACCAACACCAACUCAAACAGCAGCAGCAUCGUUAAUACUCAUCAACAGCCAUUCUCUGCGACAUCACCUACACUGUCUCAAUCGAGUUCAGAGGACGAUAGUUCACUAUCGCCCACACUUGCCAAAUCAUUCCUCUCACCUCUCAACUUCACAACCUGUCCGUCAUCAACGCGCUCACCAAACAAGAAGAAUCAAUCAUACUCUGUCUCCACAUACUACUCAAGUUGCGAGAUGCCAGACAUGAGUGAGUCGUCCGAUGAUCAAAGCAACAACACUCUCCAAGUGGCCAGUACCACCCCAAAGAUACCUCAGCCAAAGAAGCACAAAUCAUGUAUACUUCCUCAGUUUUUGCAACUGAGAUGGAACCAUGCACCAAAGAAGGUGUUGGUCAUUCACAAGAACCUUGAUGUUAAUGUGUUGGCAGCGACAAAGCCAUUGAUACAGUUUCUCUCAGAGUUGAACAUCACGACGUACUUGGAGAAGGAGAACUUGUCAUCAUGUCCAACGGCACAAUCAUUGUCAGACAUCAAGGAUCCCUCUUUCAUCGACUUUAUCAUUUGUCUCGGUGGCGAUGGCACCAUCUUACACACAUCAUCACUCUUCCGCACAUUCAUGCCACCCAUCCUACCAUUCAACAUGGGAUCACUUGGAUUCCUGACAUCCUUUGAUUACCCAUCAUACAAAGAGAACAUUAGAGCGGUAGUUGAAGGGAAAUACUACGUCUCCUAUCGACUCCGAAUCCAGGCAAACGUCAUCUCCUCAAGGGGAGUGCCGGGUCCAACCAACCAAGUAUUAAACGAAGUGACUAUCGAUAGAGGCAACAACCCAUACCUUUCAAAUCUGGAGUGUUCUUGCGAUGACAAGCUGAUAACAAUUGUACAGGCAGAUGGACUUAUCAUUGCAACUUCGACUGGCUCUACUGCAUACUCACUCUCUGCUGGAGGAUCAUUGGUGCAUCCAACUCUGCCGGCAGUCCUCAUCACUCCUAUAUGUCCACACACUCUCUCCUUCCGACCAAUCAUCCUUCCAUCCACAUCCACACUGGUGAUACGCGUAUCCGAGACGAGUAGAUGCACGGCAUGGUGUUCAUUCGAUGGAAAGAACAGGCAGGAGCUGCACCAAGGUGACUCUGUAGUGAUCAAGACAUCAAAGUGGGCAGUACCAGUCAUAUGUAAGACUAACGAAAGCAACGAAUGGUUUGAGAAGCUGGCAAAGAACCUCAAUUGGAAUGUCAGAAGUGUACAAAAGUCGUUCAAUCCUUAA